AUGAAGAAAUGGGAAGGACAGGGGAAGAUGGAAAGGGAACCGGAGGACGGAGGGCGGACCAGCGUCGGCCCCAUGGCAGGGCCCGGGAACCACGGCGAAGAAGCCACGAAGGCAGCGCGACGCGCCGCGGGGCAACACCAACGGUCCGCAACCGUCAGCACACGGAAGGGCGCGCCGCCGACAAAGCCAAGGCGGGCCGGCGGGCAGCGGCAGCGCGACGCCACCACCGCAACGACGCCGGACGGAGAGGCAGAACUGGCGAAGGAGGAGAGGAAGCCGGUGAUGAGGCCAGCGGGGUGGGCAGACCGUGAAGGCCGGAAAGCGUCAGCGGAGCACAGAGAGGCCGGACGAGAAGGGAGGGGGAGAGCCGGGCGGGAAGACGGGACAACCGGGGCGGCCAGCGCAGCCGCGGGCAGCGGGGGGGGCGCCAGCACCAGCCGUGAAACCAAGGGCGGGAGAACAGAAAGUAGGAGAAGUAACCGGACGCCCGCGCAGGAGGAGGGGAGGAAGGAGAGCGCGAAGGAAGGGCCGGAGCGAAGAGCGAAAAGGAGAAGUAGAGAAGGGAAAGUAAGGAGGGGAGAAGAGAAGAAAGGACAAAAGAAAGGAAGAGAGGGCGUAAAAGAGAAGAGAUUGGAGAGAGGAAGCGCGGGAAAGAGAAAACAAAGCCGAAUGAGAGAGGACGCGACGGAUGGAGAAAGAGAAAGAAGGAGGGAAGGGAGGGGGCAGGAAGGACAAACAGGGAAAAAGAGGGAUGACCAAGGAAAAUGUAGAGCAGCGAGGCGCGCAGGGGCGGGAAGCGCCGCAACAAGCCGGAGGCGGGAAACGGAAGAUAGAGGAGAGGCCGGCGGGAGGCGCCAAGGGAGGAAGCGGCGGAAGACGAGAGCGCCGAGCGACAACAGCGCGAAGAAAAGGAGAGCGGACAGCAAGGGGGGGGGGGGGGCAGGAGAGGGAGCAGGCGGGGGGAGAGGGAGAGCACGGGGACGAGCAGAGAACACAAGAGGGGACCGGGGGAAACACCAAGGGCCAGAACCAAACCGCGGAGCCAAGGAGCGGCGGGGACACCCGCGGGGGCGGCAAGAGAGGCCGCCGCAGGCGGAGAGAACGCAGCAAGAGACGGAAGCGGAGCGGGCCAACGGAGAGCACAAGGACAAAGAGGGAAAAGAGAACGGGAAAGCGAGCGACGGCGGGCAAGAGCACCACCAGAAGCAGAAGCGACAAAGCCCACAAGGGCAGGAGAGGCAGAAGAAGGGCGAGCAAAAACCAAGCCCAAAGACGAAGGACCCGGGAGGGACCGGAGAAGCCAGGGAACGGCGGGCCAAGGGGCCGGACCAGGGGGAGGCAGGGAACGACGCACAACACGGACAGCAGGAGCCAAAGCAGGGCGAGGGCAGACCAGAGCAGACAGAAGACGGCCAACAGCACGAGAGGAAGGAACGGGGGACAGAGAAGCCACAGCAACAGCAGACGGAGGGCAGGAACCAGAGGAGACCGGAAAAGGGGCACCAAGGGGAGGAGACACAGGGGACAAGGGGACAGAGGGAAGCGAGCAAGCACCGGCGCAACAGACGGGGGCGGGGAGAGAGAAAGGGGACCCGCGGGACGAGCCCGGGGGAGCGCCAGGCCAAGAAGCGGCGGGGCGGCACCAAGGGCGGGCAGCGCAAACGCAGGGCGGAGGGGAGACGGCAAGGCAGCAACCAGAGACAGAGCAGGGGAAGCAAGGAGCAGAGCAGCAACAGAAAGAAGCAAAGAGACAAAAGACCCAGGAGAAAAGGCGGGAAAAGAGACACAGCGAGCAGACGGGCGGCGGGAGAAGCCGGGCCCCAACAGACACGCAGCAAACCGCGGAGACCAGGGCCGGGGAGCGGGCGGGAGCCCAGAAAGAGAGGGGGAGACGGCAGACACAAGGGGCCGGCCCAGGAACGGCAAAGCCCGCAGGGGGGACAGGGAAAGGGCGGCAGCAAGCGCGCCAGGGAGGAAAGCAGGCGGGACAGCAAGGGGCGCCAACGCCAAAGCAAAAAGAGCAACCAAAAGCAAGGAGAACACGGAGAGAAGGAGGACGAACAACGGGGAGAAAAGAGCGCGGGAAAGGCAAGACCGGCACGGGGAGCAAAACCGCGAACAACGAACCGGGCCGGCCACCGGGCGGGCGCAACCCCAGGAAGGCCGGCGGGCGGGGGGAAAGCCACGGACAGCGCAAGGGGCGGGACCGGGCGGCAACGCGACCAGCGCCCAAGGCGCAGGCGGAGGGAGACGGGCCAGCGCGGCGGGCAGAGCAACCAACCACGGGGACGAGGGGGCACAGGAAAGAGCCGCAGAAGAGCAGGAGGGAGCACCAGCAACCGCCGGGGCGACGGAAAGAGCAGAAGCAACCAAGGGGGGGCAGCAGCACGAGCAGACCGAGCAGGGGGGGAAGGGGCCGCCGAGGACGAGCCAGAGCAAGGGAAGACGCGCGGGGGGCGCGACGAGAGGGGCGGGGCGAGGAGAGGCAGCAGCGGGAGGAGGACCAGCAGGGGAGGAAGACGAGCAAGAGGCCGGAACGCAAACGCCACCGGCGCACCAGGACGCGGCGGCGCACCGGGACGGGGAAGCGGGGCCAGAAGAAAGGAGGGCAGGGGCAGCAAAAGGGAGAGCGCGACGCAGAAGGAGGGGCGGAGAAGCAGGAGACCAGAGACGAGACCCGGGGGACGCAGAGGCAGAACCAAGGAAAAGGCAGGGGACAGCGCGCGGGGGGAAGGGACCCGGACGGGAAGGAGCAGAAGCAGGACAGCCAAAAACGCGGAAGAGAGAGGAGGCAACAGGAGGACCGGACCAAACGGCCGCGGGAAGGGGAAAGCAAGGGAGGAAGGGGGAGAGCGAGGGACCAAAGAGCAAGCAGGAGAAACGGCCGCGGCCCAAAAAGCACGCCGGGGCCAGAACCCAGCAGGAGAGAGCAGACAACGAGCGCGGGCCAAGAGAGGCCGGGGCAAACGGGCGGCAACACCAGGCGGCGGGGGGGGACCAGGCAAGGGCGGGGGCCGGGCGAGGCCAGGGGCCGCACAGAAAGGCAGGGAAAGCGGACGCACAGAACGCCAAGCCAGGGGCGGGCCGGAGCGGCGGGACGGGGGACCGGGCGGAGGCGCAACAAGGAGGGGCCACGGCGGGAAAAGAGAAAAGGCCGGAGGGGAGGGGGCAAGGAAAGAGACCCAGACCGGACGAGAAAAGGCAGCAAGAAGAGACAGAAAAGAGCGACAGCCGCCCAGAGACGGGAAGGGAGGCGGGCCCCAGAAAGCGGAAGGGAGAGAGGCCAAGACAGCGGGGGACGGGGGGAGCAGGAGAGAAACGAACCCGCGGGGGGGCCCAAAAACACAAGGCGCACAAAAGGGGAAGGGACCCGGACCGGAACCACCAAGGAGGCCGGGCGGGCGCAGGAGAGGCAGGCCGGGCGCACGCAGAGGCCCCAGACGCAGAGGCCAGAAGGGAGGGAGAGCCGCAGCAGACAGCGAGGAGGAGACCGCGACGGAACCGGGCACAGGACGGCCAGGCAAGACGGACAAGCGGCCAGAACGAGAAGCGGGCAGGAGAACAAGAGAGCCGGGGAGGACCGGGCAGAACGCCACCGGCAGCGAGGGACGGGCACCCCAGAGAGGCCAAGGGGCCCAAGGAGAGCAGAGGGCGGGGCAAAGCAGGAAGAGACCGAACAGGGGGAAGAGGCCGGACAACGGGAGCAGGAGGGGGAAGCGGAACACGGCCAAGGCCACGAACCGGGCAGGGGGGAGCAGGACCCAGCAAGACAACGCCACCAGCAACCGGGGCCAGAGAGACGAACCAGGCGGGGGGAGGACACAGGGGGAAGGGACAACCAGAGGCCAGAAGCCACGCGGGGGCCGCCGGGGGCAACCGGAGCGAACAGAGAACAGAACAGCGCCGGCGGAAGCACGGAAGGGCGCAAGGGGCGAGGCGGCGCGUCCGAGGGCGGCCGCAGGAGGCCGCGAGAGGCCGAACAAGGGGGAGCAGAGCGGGGAAGGGAGAGGAGGGGCAAAGAGGGCGACGGGACCAAGGGCGAGAGCGAGAAGGGCGACGGGAAAAGGAGCGGGCGAGCGGGAAGGGGCAGAGGGAAGCCGGGCGAACCCAGAACGGGGGGAAGAAAGCGCGAGCGGGGAAGAAGAAGAAACCGGCGACAAGGACAGAGGAAGAGGGGGAAGAGGGGAGGACAAGGCACGGGCAACCAGGCGGGGGGCCGGGCGAAAGAGGGGCGACGGGAGGGAGGAAGGGAGACGACGGCGGCAGAGGGAGGGGCCAAGCGGGAGACGCGGGACAGGGCCAAAACGCGGGCGAACACGCGACGCCGGAAGGAGCGGCGGGACACAAGCCGGAGGACGGAAGGGACGGCGAGGAAAGCGCACGGGGAGGAAGGCAAGGCGAGGGGAGGGGACGGGGAAAAGAGGGAGGGCAGAAGGGAAGAGGAGGAGCGGCGGGGGGAGGGCGGGGCGCGCGCCCGAAAGCAGACAAGCAGGGCAAAGAAAGGAGGCGGGAGGGGAAGAGGAGGGAGACCCGGACGGGCGACAAGGGGAAGGCAAACCGAGGGGCCAAAGAAAAGGGGGACGGGGAAAGGAAGGCGGAGGACAAAGGGGAAGGCGGGACGGGAAGGGGGCGGGCACGGGAAGCAGAGAGGAGCAAGAAAAAGGCGAGAGCCAAGGCCAAAGGACGAAGGCCAACAAAGCCGGGAAGGACGGCAAGAAGCAGGGGCAGGAGGGGACGGAAGGCGGCAAGGGAAAAACAAGCAAGAGAGAGAAAAGAAGGCCGCGGAAGCGAGGGGGGGGAAAGGGAGGCAGAAGGCGAGGGAGGGGAGCGGGGAGCGCCGGGGGCAAACGGAGCGAAACCGAGGGGAGGCGGGACGCGGGGGGGACAGGCCACAGGGGGCCGCACAAAGACGGGGGCGGCGCGCGGGAACCGGGGGAGGGGGAGGGGGCGGGCGGGGGAAGGAGACCCAAGGCAAGGGGAGGGGAAGGGGAAGGGGGCAGAGGAAAACGCAGGAGAACGGGGCAGGACGCGGACCAAGGGGCGGGAGAGGCCGGAGGGGAAACGCAAGCGGAGAGCGGGGGCACCGGGGAAGCGCGGGGGGGCAAGGACAGAGCGGAAGGGGGAGGGCGGAAAGGGCAGAAAAGGCGCGCGGGGCGCAGGAAAGCGGCGCGGGCGGGAAGCGGGGACGGCGGGCAGGGCAGGACGGGGACAGGGGCAGGAGCGGGAGCCGCAGCGAGGGCGGAGGCGGAGCGCACGCAAGGAGGGCAGAGGCGGCGGGGGCAGAGGAGGGAGAAAGGCAGGCAGCGCCGGAGCAAGAAAGGCCGCCGGGGGGGGCAGGGACGGGGAAAGGACAAGGGGGGAGCAGGGGGGGGGGGGAAACAAAAGAGGGGAGGGGCGCGACGGCGACACACCGGACCAAAGAGGGAGGGGAAGAGAGACAGGCGAGGGAGGGGGACCGAACGAAAGGCCAGGCGAGGGGAGGCGGGAGAGAGGGAGGGCGAGGAGGGAGGACGGGGCGCGGAAAGGCGGGGGCGAGGGCCGGAAACAGAAAAAGCAGGCAGGGGCGAGGGGCAAGAAGGGGAAAAGACGGGGGGAGACGCAGACAGGGAAAAAAGGCAAGAAGCGCAGGACAGACAAGGGCGGGGAGGGCGGGGAGGCAGAGGGCAAGGACGGGGGGCGGCAAAGGGAAGCGCCAGGCACAAGACCGGGCCGGGGAAACCCCAGCAGAAGGGGGGGCCGAACGGGGAACAGGACGCGAGGGGAAAGAGCGCGGGGGAGGCGCGCGAAGGCGGGGGGAGGGAAACGGCGGGAGGGGGGGCCGAGGCCGGGGCGACGGCGGGCGAGGGGGGAAAGAGAGCGCCACAGGCAGCCCGGGAGGGCAAAAGGCCAGAGGAAGGGGGGGCAGGGAAGCCGGGGACGACGCGAGCGGAAGAGGGGGGGAGGGCCGGCGGAGGCGCAGGCCAGGACGGGGAAAGGAAACCCGAGAGCGGGCAAAGGCAGGGGCCGGGGGGAGGCCGCGGAGGCAAAAGGGGAGCGGCGAGGGGCGCCGGAGGCGCAGAAAAGCAGGCGGAGGCGAGAGAGCACGGGGGAGGAAAAGGCACGACGGGCGGCGGGAAAAGGGCCCAGGACAGGGGAGACGCAGAGGACGGGGGAGAAGGGGGAGGGGGAGGCAGGCCGAGGGAGAGGAGGACGACCACGGAGGGGAAGACGAAAGAGGAGGCAGCGACGAGCACCGCACCGCGCGGCGAGCCACAACGAGAGGAGGCCAGGGCGAGGGAGCGGCCGAGGAGGACAAGGAAAAAACCGGCGAGGGAGGCGAGGGACGAGGAAACCAACGGGGGGCGGAGGCGCGGGCAGGCGCAGAGGAAGGGGAGGGGGAGCCAGCCGGCGAGGCGGAAGCGCGGCCGAGGGCGAAGGGCAAGCAGGGCGGGAGGAAGGCGCCAAGUGGGAGGGAGCCAAGGGGAGCAGGAGGAAGAGAAAGGGGGUGCGGCAAGGCAAGCGGCGCAAAGGCAGGGAGGACCAGGGCCGCGGCCGGCGCCCACGGAGCAUGGGCGCCCAGGAAAGCGCGGAGGAGGGCCGGCAACAGGCUGCGAGGACAGGCCCAGAAGCGCGCAGGUGACGGAGGAGAAAGAGCAGGAGGGAUGGGCCGGUGGGGAAGCAGCCGUGACAGCAAGGAAGGGGAAGGCAGCGGAGGGCAGCCGGCUGGGGGCGCACGAAGAGAGAGAGGAGAGGCCGGGGAAGCCGACGGGAGAGAGCAGGAACGAGAGAGUACAGAGAGAGUGA